AUGUUGGAUGUGGAGAGUUUCUUCAAGAGCUUCCUCCACUUGAAGGGCAAUAACGAGCGCCCUGGGGACAACUUUCUUUCGCAGGCCAUCUGGAUCUAUGGCAAGUGCAAGGCCGGUCUAAGUACAACGGUUAAUGUAACCGCAACCAUAGAGCGAAUAUUUGAAAACCUGGGUAUCACGGGUUGGCCCUUGGACAGAUACACUGGCGACCUGACUUCAUUAAUUGGUACCGGGGACCGUCUGAUGAGGCUGUAUCCGCUAUUCAGAGUAACCAUCCAGAAGAUCAAUGGUAGACGGAGUGCGUUAUCCAUGUCGAUCUCACCGCCAAUCACUUACUAUAGACGCUUCAUGAGGAAAUCUUCAAGUACAAACGAAGAGUCCUAUCUGGGCCUCGUGGACAAGACACUGCAUCUGUGGACCUCGACGAAAAAAACCGGGGCAGCGAAGGGAAUCGUGGAAUUGGAAAAAUUGCUAGAGGGCUUUUCGCUCGCCUUUAGUGAGGAACUCCUGAUUCCACCAAGAAGCAAACUUGUACGCUUAGGCGACUUGUUCUUGACCAGCAGUUGGGACUGGGAAACCUACUUUCGUGUACUUACCAAGGGCAACAAUACGAUCGUAACCAAUGAAACUGAAGUCGCCCUGAGUGACAUAAUUUUCCUCCGAAAUAUCGGUGGCGUUUUGAGCGACACGUGGACUACCGUCAUCGCUAAUUAUAUUGGGUACAAGGCAGUUGUAGAGCUGUCCUCUGCUCUGGGCCAAGAUGCAGACUACCUUCAGCCCCUAACUCACGACUACCACAUAACCGACCUCAGCGAGCUCCAAGUCGCGUGCAUGGUGCUACUCGAAAAACUAUACCACCACGGCAUUGGUAUUGCCGCCAGACUUACGCUGGGAAAAGACUUUGCGACGACUUACCGGACACACUUCAAUUCGCAACUGGGAACUAUAUUCCGGGUCACCAAAACGUUGUUAGUCCACAUGGUGGUUUCUCUGCGCUCUUGGAUCGACCCCCUCGACAGCGGCAUCGCGUUGCAAAAGCUUAACACCAUGGACUUCGUCUUCGGAGCCCAAUACAACCUUCUAGAGUACGAACUCUACCGAAAAACAUCGACCCUUUUUAUAGACGAGACUGAAGCCCUGCCGGCCACCAUUUUUAGAAUAUUCACGUUCGCGUCCGCCGCGUACUGGGAGUCUCUAGCCAACGAUUCGGAGGCGUACGACAACCUCUACACCUCCACAGUUUUCCAACCAAGCCACGAGUACCAGGAACUUAGUAACCUGCUCUUCGUUCCUCAUGCAGUUGUGUCGUUCAUGAACCACAUCACCAACAAGAUUCAUCCGUUUCUGUACCCCGUCGUCGCCAUUCACGUGAUGCGGGGCGCACUGAGAGGCCUCACUAGGGCGGGAUCCUUCAUCGAUGACCAGUCCGCCUCCAACGCCUGGUGGAGUGGUGCCACGACGAAUGCCUACAUCAACAUCAGCGCCUGCCUCCAGAGCCAGUACGAGACGCCGGAAACGAGACAGAGCUCCGUUUCCGCGAUGGAGGACAACUUUCUGGACAAUGCUGCCCUUUACCCUUUGUUUCGGAUGUACGUUACCGACCUGGCGAAACUGAACACAUCCACAAAGUUCAUCACCCUGGGCCGUCAACAGAUACCAGUCGAUAAGAUGUUCUUCUACAACUUCGCAGCUGCUCAUUGUGAGAGCGGUGACAGCGACAAGUUAGCCAAGUUGAAAUUCUUCGGGGAGACCUCACCACGGUUCAGAGUCAACGUACCCCUGAGGAACCUGAAACUGUUCGCUAAAGUGUUUGAAUGCCGACCGAACUCCUACAUGAACCCCGCGAAGAAAUGUGCGGUCUGGAAGCGAUUCAAGUUUAAAUCCGAAGGGCGUUAA